AUGCUAAAUACACCAUGGAUAUGCUCACGUUGUAUACAAAGACUAGCUCAAUCAGUACGAAUACCAAUUCGAGCGCAGAGUCGACAUCAAAGUACUCACAGUGCUAUCUCGCCUGCAUUGCUCGCCCGUGCGAGGUCGGUCGCAUCAGAACACGCCGCUCUCACGCAAAAGCUAGCCACCGAUUUCGAUGCCAAGUCGGCGAAAAGAGCGGGAGAGCUAUCGCGUACAGCAAACGCCAUUGAUGAAUACGACAAAGCUCAGUCAGCGUGGACCGAGUUGCAAACACUUCUCGAAAGUGGAGACAAAGAGUUGAAAGAGCUGGCCGAGGAAGAUAUCGGGCCUUCGCAGGAACGAAUCGAUCACGCAUCCACUGCACUACAGACGAGUUUGUUACCCAUACAUCCUUUCGCCCACUUGCCAUGCCUGAUCGAGAUCCGACCCGGUGCUGGUGGAGACGAAGCUGCGCUAUUUGCAGGCGAUUUGCUACGCAUGUAUGAAGCAUUUUGCGUCAGGCAUGGCUUACGGACUACUAUUCUCAAGUAUGAUGCAGCCGACGCAGGCGUUGGGGCAAAUAGCGGCUCGGCGGUGCACAUUCAGGAGGUGGUACUGGAAGUCGAAUCGGCAGACGCUUACGGCAUACUGCGGUGCGAGGCAGGCGUUCACCGCGUCCAACGGGUCCCCGCAACGGAGAGCAAAGGCCGUACACACACAUCAGCAGCCAGUGUCCUGGUACUGCCGUCCCUGACGGAUGAAACAGGCGAUCUGGGCGAAAAUAGCUUCAACGAUCCCAAGAGUGAUUACUACGUCGAUCCGAAGGAGGUCCGUGUGGACGUGAUGCGCGCCAGUGGAGCGGGAGGACAGCAUGUCAACAAGACUGAAUCUGCUGUGCGCUUGACGCAUGAGCCUAGCGGGAUGGUGGUUAUGAUCCAGGAAACACGAUCGCAGAUCAAAAACCGCGAGAAGGCCUGGCGACUGUUGCGAUCACGCAUCGCGCAACAAAAGCGGGAAGAGCGUGAGGAGGAGCUGAUGAAGCUGCGAAGAGGUGCAGGUGCUGGGCGAGCAGGACGAGAGAACAAAGUCCGGACGUACAAUUGGGGUCAACAACGGGUGAGCGACCACCGAAGCGGAAUGGAUUCAAGGAAUCUGGAUGAUGUCGUGCAGGGUGGAGAAUCUCUGGACAAAAUCAUGGAAAGCGUACGAUUGUGGAUGGCCGAGCAAGAGGUACUUGGUCUCGUCGCUGAG